AUGACAGACCGGUACUUUGAGAAUUUCAUGCGAGACUUCGAAGAAGAAACGUCAACAGUAGAUGGAGAUAGUGAACGAAGCGAGGUUAUUGCAAAAGAGUCUCAAGAUUUUAUCUUGAACCUUCUUAAAUUUCGUGCCUCCCCUCUCCGUAGCAAAUUCAGACAAUCCGCCCUAUAUCAGAAAGAAUCUGUUGUGAGGGGCACAUGGCGAACCCGAGAAAGAAGAAUAUUCGUCAACUCUACUCUUUAUGAUGGUACUCCGGGGACUGCUUUCUUGCUCUUGAAAAAUUUUCUAGUGAAUCGCAACAGGGAUGAUCUCAACACCUCUGCUGACAUUAUCAAAGCUUGUGACUCUGCUUCUGGAAUCUAUAGGAGUAUAACCUUUUUACGUGGAACUGCUGGAGUUUGUGCUCUUGGUGCUGUUGUGUCAAAGUACCAAGGAAAUACACAGAUGAUUGAACGCUAUUUGGCCCGAUUCAAAAAGAUUGAAGUAAAGGAUUAUAGGCGAGAUGGAAUGUUACACGGGAGAGCUGGACACUUAUGGGCAUGUCUGUUCUUGAAUAAGCACUUAGGUGAUGGAGUGAUUCCUUCAUCCUACACUAAUAGAUUAGUGAAUAAGAUGAUUGAAAAUGGAAGAAGAUUGGGUGCUGGAACAAGAUGCCCUUUGAUGUAUACAUAUUUUGGCACUAAACAUUUGGGUGCAGCUGAUGGUUUAGCUGGGAUUUUGCAUGUUUUGAUGCAUUCACUAGUACAGAACGUAUUUAAUAGUGCGAUGGCUUUUUCUUUUUUGGUGCGUUCUGUUCUUCUUCCUUCUUUUCCUUUUCUGCUUCACGUUCGAUCGGUGGUGUCAAGUUGUUUAAGAAGGAACAAGGGUGGCGGAUCAGAAAUAUGUAGGAGAUGGUGGUGCUUGGAUGGUUCUCGGCAAAGGCAGGGGUUGUGGUCGGUGUUCUCGGUGGUUAGUGGUGGAGAUGGUGGAAUAAUGGUGGUGAAUUGGAAGUAUGUAGGAGACGAUGACGCAUGGAUGGUUCUCGGCAAAAGUAGUGAUUUUGAUUUGACUCCUGAUGUACAAGAGGAUGUGAAGAAGAGCCUUAAGUACUUGAUUAAUACUAGAUUCCCUAGUGGGAAUUAUCCUUCUAAAGAAGAUAAUCGGGAGGAUAUUUUUGUCCAAUGGUGUCAAGGAGCAUCUGGAAUGGCUCUCACCCUUGUCAAAGCUGCUGAGGUUUUUGGAGAUAAGGAGUUUGUGGAUGCAGCUAUUGAGGCUGUGGAAACGUUGACAAAAAAUGAGGAGAUGUUGAAUAGGGCCAAGUUGCUUGCGUGUUUUUUACUUGGUAGAGGAGUGAAGCUUAUGAGGAAAAAGAAGAUGCAUAAAGGUGAUCAUCCGUUUUCGUUGUUUGAAGGAGUUGGAGGCAUGGCGUAUCUUUUCUUAGAUAUGAUGAAUCCUGAUGAAGCUAGAUUCCCUGGUUAUGAACUUUGA